CGCGCAAGGAAAGCCAGGUAGCGUCAUGGACGAGUACAGUGGGUUAACGGAUAAGGAACUGAUCGCCCGCUUGAAGAAAUACGCCAUCCCACACGGACCUGUUGUUGGAACAACCCGGAAGCUUUAUGAAAGGAAAAUCUACGAAUUCGAGACGGAGCGGACGAAGCACCCUGGGAGAUCGGAGGCCUACAUAGAGCCGACAAGCAGCAGCCACAGCUACACGCGAGAGACCUUUGUGAGUCCCCGGAGCAAGGAAGACUUCAACUAUGGGAGAGAAGCUCUUGGCUCCACAAAGAGAUCCUUAAUAGAAAGCUACAACUCUGCGAGAAAUGAGGAAUAUACUGACUGUGGAGAUGAAGGUAAGAGAGGGGUGGGGCCUUGGGUGACCUUUCCUUUCCAAUUUGACAAACUAUCGGUGUCUCUCUCUUUCACCCCAGAGUGGGAUGCCAACCCUUCUGAGGGCUCCACCUCUUCCUACCGUUACAAAUCAUCGCUGGGCAGUGGGUCACAUCUAGGGAGAGUGAGUGCCCGCAAGCCGAUCGCGGAGCCAUAUCUCUACAGUUCCGGCUUCAAGGAAGUCCCACCCGAGAGGGACAGCAGCGCCUACCAGACCGUCUUCCAUCGGAAAUCGGCAGGCCCAUCCUCGCUGGGGGUGGAGCCCCGCCGCGCCAUCCGUCCUGAGCUCCAGGCUCCGUCUGCGCAAAAGGAUCCCGGCGGUGACCGGGGAGCCAAGCGUUACCUCCCCCUCUGGCCCCAGCUCCUGCUCUUUGUGCUGUUGGCCGCCUUCUUGGCCUUCACCUAUUUCUUCCUGCAAGCCGACGCAAACGAUAACCCCUUCGGGAAGCAUGCUCGGCACUAA